AUGUUUAAUAUAGCAUUUCAUAGUCGUUUUAAUCGUCGAGUACAAGUUAAUCAUCCAAAUAUUUGGCCAUUCAUAAAAAUUUUGCAAGGAGAAGAAAAUCGUUUUCAUCAUAUGUAUGUUCAGUUUAGUGCAGGUUUAGGCAUUAGACCAAAACAAGCUAAAACAAUUGCUAUUCAACGUCGUAUAGAUAAUCUUGGCCAACGAUAUUAUGAUGGUGCUAUAAGUGCUAUGGAAUACUUAGACGGUUUAUCAUUUACAGUUGCUAAACAGAAAAAAUGA